UUGAGUGUUGGUGUGGAUGCAUACAUCUUAUCAGAUAUCUUAGUGAUAUGAAACUGAUAGAAAAAAAAUGCGAGAUGGUGGAAGCUGCGCGCAUGCGUUUUGCACAUUUUAGCAGGUUCGUGAAAACUGAAGAACGAAAAUGCUGUCAUACUAUCAAAGUAGUGAAUUUAUUGUUCAUAGUUAUUAGCAUAUAAAGCCUGACAAAUAAAAUUUUCACAGAAAUAAGUGUGCUAGAAUGAAUAGAUAAUGUUAGUUAGUUUCAACAAUGAAAUUAAGUCAAGCAUUCGAUGGAAUACGAUUAGCACAGAGCUGCAUUGAAUGUGUUCCACACAGGUCAAUCAAACCGUGAAAAUUGUGAAUUUAUCCAGGAAUUGUUCACAGAAAAUUGUGAAUAUAGUGCAAAAAAACUGUUAAUAAUAACACAAAGUGGACAUUUGUAUAGAAAUAAUGAAACCAAAACGCAGCAUGAUACAAUAUUGAACAUAAUUCAUAUUAGUAAAAUGGAUUGCAGAGUGGUCCAUUCAUUACUACCACCAUUUGCUUUUUUAUAAUCGAUUGUCUGAAGCUAGUACAGCAGAGACGAAAGCAUCAAAUACAUAAAAUUGAUUGUAAGAAAUAAAAAAAUAGCUCAAUAGUCAAAUAAUAGUACCGAAGCUUUUGAAUAAAAGUGAUCUCUACACAAAAUUGCCAAAGCGAGAAUUUAAUAAAGCCAUCCCAGAAAACUCUUAAGAAUUAUCGAUUUUCAUCUCGUGAAUUGGAAUCUGGUGCAAAUCGAGUUGUUCGAAAAGUUCACAAUGUCACACAUCUGGCAAAAAGACAUAAUGUGUGUGAGUUAUUCAGAAGAGGCAAAGUUGUCACAAGAAAAUGUAUUUAAACUGUUCAAAAUUGAGCACAGAAGAAAUUGAAUGGAAAAUGUGUGUGAAAAUCUUUAAAAUCUGAAUGAGUUGAUAGGUGAUGAAUGUGGCUGCUGAAGCGCCGUCAACUUCAACCAUGUAUUUUGUUAUGGAUUUAUAUUUGAUCGUACUUUGUCUACUCGUGAUAUGUAUAAGAGACAGCUUGCAAGGACCCCAUGAAAAACGUUUGCUGAAUAACUUGCUUGCAACGUACAACACACUGGAACGACCCGUCGCGAAUGAAUCGGAAUCUUUGGAGGUUAAAUUUGGAUUGACUUUGCAGCAAAUCAUAGAUGUGGAUGAGAAGAAUCAGAUUCUAACCACAAACGCAUGGUUAAAUUUGGAAUGGAACGACUACAACCUACGGUGGAAUGAUUCUGAAUUCGGGGGAGUUAGAGAUUUAAGGAUCACGCCAAACAAACUAUGGAAGCCGGAUGUUCUUAUGUACAACAGUGCUGAUGAGGGAUUCGAUGGAACGUACCAUACGAAUAUAGUAGUGAGAAAUAAUGGAAGUUGCUUGUAUGUACCUCCUGGAAUAUUCAAAAGCACGUGUAAAAUUGAUAUAACAUGGUUCCCAUUUGACGAUCAACAUUGUGAGAUGAAAUUUGGUAGCUGGACGUACGAUGGAAAUCAGCUCGAUUUGGUGUUGAAUUCUGAGGACGGAGGAGAUCUGUCGGAUUUCAUUACCAACGGAGAAUGGUAUCUGAUAGGAAUGCCAGGAAAGAAAAAUACUAUAACAUAUCAAUGCUGCCCAGAACCAUAUGUGGACAUAACAUUCACCAUACAAAUCCGGAGACGAACGUUAUAUUAUUUCUUCAACUUAAUUGUACCAUGCGUCUUGAUUUCAUCAAUGGCUCUGUUAGGUUUCACGCUUCCACCGGACUCUGGUGAAAAAUUAACACUAGGCUUAACAAUAUUGGUAUCUCAGACCGUUUUUUCAUUAUUAGUGGGACAUGUCAUAACAAAAACCAGUGAAGCUGUACCAUUGUUAGGUACAUACUUCAAUUGCAUCAUGUUCAUGGUUGCAUCAUCGGUGGUGCUCACCGUUGUGGUUCUUAAUUAUCACCAUAGAACGGCAGACAUACAUGAAAUGCCUCCAUGGAUCAAAUCAGUAUUUCUGCAAUGGCUACCGUGGAUUUUACGAAUGGGACGACCGGGCAAAAAAAUCACUCGUAAAACUAUACUUCUGACUAAUCGGAUGAAGGAACUAGAAUUGAAGGAAAGGUCAUCAAAGUCACUGCUUGCUAAUGUGCUUGAUAUCGAGGAUGAUUUCAGGCAUGCGGGAGGUGGAAUUACUGGGUCAACUACACAAAUCAGUACUUCUGGAUUCUCUAGACCAACAACGGUAGAAGAACAUCACUCUGUGUCGGGAUGUUCGCAUAAGGAUUUGCAUUAUAUUUUAAAAGAAUUGCAAUUCAUUACGAAUCGUAUGAGAAAGGCCGAUGAGGAAGCAGAAUUAAUCAGUGAUUGGAAAUUUGCAGCAAUGGUUGUUGACAGAUUCUGCCUUUUUGUAUUCACGUUAUUCACGAUUAUUGCUACCGUCACUGUGUUACUAUCAGCUCCACAUAUUAUAGUGCAAUAAUAACGAAUUAAAAUUUUGAUAUAAGAACUUGUUAUAUAGGUGAUCUAUUAAAAUUUAUAAGAUUUUUAAACCGAAGCAGCAUGUAAAUCAAGUUAGAAGUUAAUUAGACUAUUAAAGUAGAUUUUAAUAAACAAAAGAUCAGUUAAAAACUGCCGACAAAUAACGAUGAACGAAAUAAUCUAAACAUCACCUGUAUAAAACUCGAAAUAAUACGUAUAGAUAAAAAUCGAUAGAUAUAAUAUUUUUCUAAACAAUGAUUUGGUGGAAUAAUAUCUUGUAAAAACAAGUCCUCGAAUGAACUUAAGCAACUGUUCCUGCAAUCAUCACCAAAGCACUAUUGAAAUACUGAUAACUAGCCUAUACAUGAGAGUCAAUCCAAAGGAAAUCUAUUUUUGCAUAUGCAAUGUGAAAUGAAUUCCAUCAAUAAGAAGUUCAUAUAAAAAUGUCGUCACUGAAGGUUUUUGAUGAAUCGAUCAAUCAAUGAAUGCAACAAUAACUGUAGUUAUUAUUAUCUUGACAGGAAAUACAAUAUUAAUAAGCAUUCAACGGUUAUGUGUAGAAAAAAAAACAUGCAAAGCAAAUGAUUUUAAGUAUAAACAAAUACAUAGAAUAAGUAUUAUAGGAUAACUGUAACAUAAUGAUAAAAUAUCAAUAAUAUAUUGACAAAGUCAUCUAUAUGUAGAUGGUGCAAAGUUAUAUCUGAUUUGAAGAUUGAUAAAUAGAUUACAGCGUAUAUGUUUCGGAUAUAUGCGACAUACGACUAUUCAGCUACUACGGAUACUGUAGAAUUGUUACCAUACCCACGUUUAUUAGAAUAUCUCACCAGCUGAAAUUAAUAUUAAGAUAC